AUGAGCGCCGCAGAAAUGGUACCAGCGACUCUUGUAGCACUCAAGUGCUGCCAAGCGACAACAAAAUAUCCACAAAUGGAGCUGUCAAUCAUUUCGACACUAGCCUCAGUAAGACAAAAUCCUGCUCAGACAAAACAAAGUCCCAGUGACCACUCUGUGAGACGGUACUUAUCAACUUCCAACAUGAGACUUCUAAUAUCAGACAAGGACAAGAAGUUUGUUCUAUGCAGGGAGGAAGACUUUCUAUGCAGGGCCACAGACUUUCUCAACCAGUCGCAAGCUGUCAUCUUACCGGAAGACCCAACACCAGCCGUAUUAAGAAAAACAAAGAAAAUAAUUACUCUCCCAGGGGUCACUUCAGUUCUUUCGGGACGCUUGGACCCCCCAUCCAACGUCGCUUGUCCCAGACUUUUCUUUGAAGCAAAAACGCACAAAGAGAGCUGGCCGUUAAGGCCUUUAGUCAAUAAGCGGUCCCACCCUACAUACUUCCUCGAAAAAGCGCUUGCUAGAUUGCUAGGUGGGCUACUCCCUUCCUCCUCCCAAGUAGUGACCUCAUCUGUCGCGGCUAAAGAGAGGUUAUGCGCUACGCUGGCUGGCUUGAGUCCAGAUGCUUACACAUUUUAUAAAAUGGAUGUAGUCGCCUUGUACCCUUCGGUACCGCAUUUCGAAGCGGUAAUGCUAGCCAAUGCAUUACUUAUCAAAGAGGGCUUUAGUGCACAGCAAGUUUUAGAAGUUCGCGAAGCAUUACUCUUUAUUACGGAGCACAAUUACUUCCGCUUUAAUGGAAAGAUUUACCUGCAGAAGCAGGGGGUGCCAAUGGGCUCACCACUGUCAGCUGUAUUGGCAGAACUCAUCAUGCGGCGCGUUGAACACAGUGUUUUUAAAUUCCCUCUCACCAUAGCUUACCCCUUAAUUUAUUUAAGAUACGUAGAUGAUAUUCUUUUGGCGUGGCAGGAUACGGAAGACUCCUUCCGGGUAUUAGAACACCAUUUAUCAAAAAUGUAUGCCACUAUACACUUCAUGUGGGAGAAGGAAGUUGGGAGAAAAAUUGCCUUCUUGGACUUGCACAUUCAAAAAUCCCAGGAAGGCUUGAAGUUUUCCGUCUAUCACAAAUUUGGCAAUAUCCCACCCAUAAUACCGGCCACAGCCUGUCAACCACAGCAAUAUGUUAAUGCGGCCAUAGCUCCCUUGAUCAGACGGGCAUUCUUACUACCAUCGACACAACAACUUAUCAAUACCGAACUGGAUGCUGUCCGCACAGCGGUGUACGCGGCCGGAUUUAGUGAAUCCAAAUACAUCCAUGUUAAAAAUAGGGUCAUACAGUCUCUCUUCCCUGCCACCACAUUGCGCAGACCAAGGGACUGGACAACGCUCCGUCCCUCACUCCCAUACUGUGGACGCUUCACGGCCUGGAUCUGCCGGAUCUUUAGGCAGAAUGGCUUUCGUUUACCUAUUACCCCACGACCAUGUCUGUGA